GUCUUUAAGGAAAAUACGGUUUUUUUUUUAAGUUUUUGAGCGAUUUUCUACUGCAGUUAGGGGACACCCCCUGCGCCUUGCUCUACGCAUGCGCACUGAAUCCGCUUGCUCUGUAUUUCCGUGUUGUGGAGCUGUCAGCAGGCCGACGACGAGAUCAUUUCUCACGAGAAAAAGCUUAAAAGACAAAGAAGAACAGAUGAUGAAGAACAAGGUCAACAGCUCCCAAGUGAGUGUGAAAAGACGUUCCUGGUCCUGGCAGCAGUACCUGAAUGAACAGAAAGCUGAAGCUGCUCCUUUGGCAGUGUUCACACAGUGCCAGUCUUAUCCCAGUAAAAAAAAUGGUUUUAAAGUUGGGAUGAAGCUGGAAGGUGUCGACCCGCUGCACCCCUCCAUGUUCUGUGUGUUGACAGUUGCUGAGGUGAUUGGCUGUCGGCUUCGUCUCCAUAUUGAUGGAUACUCAGAAUGUUAUGACUUUUGGGUGAACAUGGACUCGGCACACAUCAAACCACCAGGCUGGUGCAAAGAACAUAACCACAAGCUCCACCCACCUAAAGGUUACUGUGAGGCAGAUUUUGAAUGGGAGACCUACCUCCAGUCCACUGGCACCUGUGCUGCUCCAGCAACCCUAUUCACCAUUCGCACUACAGAGUGUGGGUUCAGGGUGGGGAUGAAACUGGAGGCUGUUGACAAGAAGAAUCCCGGACUUGUCUGUGUUGCUACUGUUGCUGGGGUUGCUGAUGGCCAAUUCCUGGUUCAUUUUGACAACUGGGACGACACAUACGACUACUGGUGCGACAGCAGCAGCCCAUACAUCCAUCCUGUUGGUUGGUGUGAAGAAAACGGACGUCCCCUGACAGCACCUCGGGGUCAUCCCAACCCAGAGAACUUUGUGUGGGACGAAUACCUGCUGGAAACUGGUUCUACUGCUGCUCCCAGCUCAAUCUUUACGCUGAGAGCUCCACACAGUUUCCAGGUCAACCACAGGCUAGAGGCUGUGGACAGGAGGAACCCGAUGUUGAUUCGUGUUGCCACCGUGGCAGAUAGAGACGACUACAGGAUAAAGGUGCACUACGACGGUUGGUCGGAGCAGUUUGACGUGUGGUGUGACAGCGACCUGAGUGACCAUCAUCCUGUGGGAUGGUGUCAGCGCACAGGACACCCUCUGGAGCCCCCGGCAGGCUCCACCCCCCUGUCCACCCCCACUCAGGGUGUGUGUCCCACUCCAGGCUGCAGAGGAGUUGGACACAUCAAGGGAGCCAAAUACACCGGACACCACAGUGCCUUUGGUUGUCCGUACUCAGACAUUAAUGUGAGGAAGGGGGUGCUCCUUCCUGACAGGCUUGGAGGAGAAAAAGUUGUCACCCUUGUACCUGUCACGGUGGAUCACCAUGACAAGCAAUCAGACAGAGAAGCAACAGUCCUAAAAGUGGAGCCCAGAGACGAGACACUGCUGCUUCCUCUGGGAAAGAGAAGAAGAUACACUGAUGGACUGACCCAGCAAAACAAACUGCUGCAUGUGAAACAGGAAGAGGAGGAGGUUCAGCUCACAGCCUUGAGACCAGCAGCACCAGAGUCCAGUCUCCAGGCUGCUCUGCAUCAGUCUGUCUUCUUGUCGGCCAUGUCUGCACAGCCCGGCCGUGACCUGUCACUCUGCUGGGAACAACACCGCAAACUGCUGCCAGGAGUAGCAGGCGUCCACGCGGAGACCGUCCAGCACUGGAGCGUCCAGCAGGUGUCAGAUUUCAUUGAGUCUCUCCCCGGCUGUGAGGAUCAGGGGAAACAGUUCAGAGAUGAGCAAAUUGAUGGGCGGGCCUUCCUCUUGCUCACCCAACGCGACAUUGUCAGAAUUAUGUCGAUCAAACUCGGUCCUGCCCUCAAGAUCUACAACUCUAUCCUGAUGUUCAAACACGCCAAAGAUCGAGCCAAAGACAGGAGCCAAUCACAAGCUGAGGACAUUGAGCUCAGGACUCUGCCUCUCCCUCAAUCUGCAGGAGGGGCGCGCUUUACACCCCAAUCACACUUUUUCUAUGUGAUGUCGCAACAAUAAUCUCAGGUGAGUUUCUCUCAGCGUGUCGAAUUUGCCACGACAUGUUGGACAUGAGACAAGCAUGUACUGUGAACCUGAGAACUGGGGCGGUGCUUAAUGCUGGUGCGUAUCGGGCCAGACUGGACUCAACCAGAACAAGUAUGCAAAGAAUUCUAAGAUGUGUUGAUAAUUUCACACUGGAGAGGUCAGAUGUCAGGAAGCAGAACCUGUACGUCACAACAAAAUGAAGCUGUACAGUAAACGAAUAAACGUGGCUGCUGAAAACACAGCAUACAUUUACAUGCAGAAAUAAACACAGCAGGGACAUAAAAUUGCUGUAACAUUAAUGAUUCAAUCCCUGAUUAAUGAAAAUAAGUUGAAGCACAUGCACCUUUUAGUGCAGCUGCAUGUCCAGAUCCAUUAUUAUUUUAUUAUUAUAUUCCCUGACAAUAAUCUGCAAAGGUUUCAAACUCAAAACCAGUAAUAGAAUUUAUGCAAAUGUAAUUGUAUAAAAAAACUUUUGUCAUUUCAAUCAGUCUGACGUCCUGUGAAAACAGCAGUAAACACAACAGGACAGAAAUUAAAUCUGCUUUCAAUUAAACCUUUCAUUAAUAAGAGGGAAAAACUGGGCUAGAAAUUAGAGAAUAAAGCGAAAUGCAAAAGUAAAGAGAAAAACCCAUUAGACACGAUGUCGUCAGAACAUUUAAUGAAAUGUUCAUUAACAGGUUCGUAGCUUGUGUUUUUCUAGUAAUGUUUAUGACGACAGGUGACGUGACAGCGUUUCCUGCUGAUCUGCCGUCUCUGACCCUCUCACUACAUGCUGAUGUGUUGUAUGGACAUCUGGCACAUGUGUCAGGUGAAUGGUGAUGUCGUCUAAAGGUCCUGUGCUGUGAUUGGUCACUCUGUGAAGAUGCUGUUGAAGCUCUUUAGGAUGAGUUUAUAUUUAUAAAUUUAUUAUAGUGCUAUACAGAAUAUCUAUUGGUAUGUAUUGUUAUCUACUGCAGAUUCUAUUUUAAACAUAUAUAUAUAUAUAUAUAUAUAUAUUUGUACUUCAGUCCAACCUAACAGAAAGUUGACUCUGACUCUGCCCCCGGACAACAAGGGGCAUGGCCUGUGUUCCCUCAGGUUUCCACAGUUCAGCUGAUGAAUUGUUGUUUUAAUGUUAUAUUCAGUUUGUCUUUGUUGUUUAUGAAAAUCUUUGAAUAGAUUAAUAAAGUUUUGAUCCAAUGUUGAA